UAAUUCUUUUCUUUGCAGUAAAAUGGCUGAAAAAAGCAAGAUUCUGAUCAUAGGGGGAACGGGGUAUAUUGGUAAAUUCAUAGUAGAAGCCAGUGCUCAAUCCGGGCACCCCACCUUUGCUUUGUUGAGGCAAAGCACUGUGUCUGAUCCUGCGAAAGCCAAUCUCGUCGAAGGAUUCAAGAACUCUGGUGUCACUAUCCUCAUUGGUGAUUUGAAUGAUCAUGAGAGCCUGGUAAAUGCAAUAAAACAAGUGGAUGUUGUGAUAUCGGCAAUGGGACAGAUGCAGUUGGCUGAUCAGGUUAAUAUUAUUGCUGCAAUUAAAGAAGCUGGAAAUAUUAAGAGGUUCCUCCCCUCGGAGUUUGGGAGCGAUGUGGACCGUGCACGGGCAGUAGAGCCUGCAAAAUCAGCAUGGGCGGUUAAGGUUGGGAUCCGACGAGCCAUUGAGGCAGAAGGCAUCCCUUACACCUAUGUCUCCUCCAACUAUUUUGCGGGCUAUUCCCUUCCGACAUUGAUGCAGCCAGGAUUGCCCCCUCCACCUAGAGACAAAGUUACCAUCUUUGGAGACGGAAAUGCCAAAGGUGUGUUCAACGAUGAACGUGACAUUGCGACAUACACCAUGAGAGCAGUGGAUGAUCCAAGAGCCCUGAACAAAACCCUCUACGUAAGGCCUACCAUGAACACGUAUUCCUUCAAUCAAAUUGUUGCUUUGUGGGAGAAGCUGAUUGGGAAAACCCUCCAAAAAUCAUAUGUUCCUGAACACCAACUUCUCAAACAGAUUGCUGAGUCUCCGAUGCCCAUAAACAUCAUAUUGGCCAUCAACCACUCGGUAUUUGUGAAUGGAGAUCAAACCUAUUUUGAGAUUGAUCCAUCGUUCGGAGUUGAGGCUUCGGAGCUGUAUCCUGAUGUCAAGUACACGACCGUGGAGGACUACCUUCUCCAAUUUGUUUGAUAUCAAUAAAUAAAAUGAUGGGCAUAUACCAACCCAAACCCCCCACCCCUCUCCCCCCUCUAUAUGUAUUGUGGGUUUUGUCUAAAUUUAUAGGAGAUUUAUUAAAGAAAAUAUUAUGUUAUCUACCUAUCAAAUUUGA